CUGUUUGUUUUAUCAGACGGAAUUCGUCUUUCAUCAUCGAUUUUCCUCUCUACAGUACUCAUCAUUCUCGCUUUUAUCAAUCUCUGGCGUGGCGCCGAUCUUUACCUUGUGCAUCCCAAAAUAUUCAUUCGCAAAUGGCGACUUAUGACUGUUUAUCUUCUUGCUGCUGUCCUGCUACGCAUUAUGGCCCUGGCAUUUCCAGCGCACUGUGAUUGAUA